UGUUUUUAGGUUAGAGUUUUUAUCCAAUCAGAAUUCAGCUAUCUUAUGUUGCCAGGCUGUAUGAAAUCUGCCCGGGCCUUCAGAAUCAACAAUGCGGGCGUCUGUGCACUGUAAGUGAACGGGCAAAUACAGUUGAUAGAUAGUUGCGAUAGCCAAUCAGAUCACGAGUUGUGUCAGUAAGGCCCUCUAGCUGGCCUCACGUUGAACGUGACAUUUACGCGUCCUGUGAUUGGAUAUGGAUACUUAGUAGUUUGAGCCACGGCAGUGCUAUGCAGAUCAACAGCAUAGAUAUAUGUCUAUGAUCAACAGUCACACCCGGCCGGGACUGUUAACGACGUUUUGAGUUUUGUGUUGCCAUAGAAACCAUAGAGGUGGAGAAAAAAGCCGACUGCGGGAGGAAGAGUGAAACUUGGAAGAUAUCAGCAGGAUAGGAGACGGAAACUCGAAGAUUUGAUUAGUGAGAGCCUUCAGAAACAACAGGCAGAGAUGAAUCGGGACUCACAGAGGCCGCCUGCGGGGACCAGCCCGCUGCAGACAGGACAUGACACGAGCUUUGCCCUCUUGGAUCUGCAGCAGAAACGCAGAGAAGCAGAUUUGCUGUACGAAAAGCUCAAGGAGCGCAAACAGAAAUUGGAGAACUUACAGCAGUGUGCAGAUGAGUUGGAGGAAGAGAUAAAGAAAGUAAAGGAGUUCAGUCGUGAUACGUUGCUGAAGACUCAGGCUGCAGAUGAAGCUGCUGAUAGAGCAGAGAGGGAGAGGAAAGAGGAGAUUCGGGUGCAGGAGGAUCUGGAGAGGUUAAAGGUGGAGUGUGCCACAUUGAGGGAGACAAAUGAGGAGCUGAAGAGUCAGGUGGACAGACUCGCUUGGUCUAAGAAAUUCCUGGAACAAGUGGUCAAAAUGACAAAGUUUGAUGAUAUAGAGGCACUCACGGCUCAUUGUGAGAAUCUUCUCCACUUUCGAGACCAACUGUAUCGGAGGGAGAGUGAGGCGCUGGAGCAGGUCGACCAGGAGAGAAAAGCACUGCUGACACUGGAAGACAAGCAUCACUUCCUGCGGCUGCACAAGAACAACCAGCUGUCCAAGCUCCAGACCGAGCUGGAGGAGACACGCUCCGAAGCUCACACAUGGGAGAGAAAGUGGAACCACAUUCAGGAAACGGCAGCAAAGAAGACACUCCGACUGGGACAGAUCAAGAUAGCCACUCUCAACCUCUUUGAAAUGAUAGAUGACAAGGUAAAAGACGAGGAAGCUGUGGAUAUAAACGACACAGAGAAACAGCUGGACCAGCUCAAGAUGUUCUUCCAGGACCAUCAGGACAUGGUGAAUAAACAUCAAACUCCCUCACAGAGACAUGAUGGACAGAAAAAAGACAAGCGUGUUGUAAUUCACAGUGAAAAAAAACAUAGUUAGAAAUGCCUUAAACAUACCUUUCCCUGCUGCUUUAAAACUGAACAAGUAUUGAAUAAACUCUGCAAUUUAAAUGAA